UUAAAUGGGCUUGAUGUUAAAAGCACGGCGAACCUUUAAACCUUGACGGACAGCGAGAGCUCGUCUUGUUGGGAGGGUAGUGGCUGUUUCGUUCCUUGUGGGCGUUGUAUGUGAGGUUUACCUGUCCUGGGACACGCGUCAGGUAGUUCAACGACAGACAGACAACAGCAGAGUGGGAUCCUAACUGUGCCAUCUCAGCAGAAACUCCGCAGCUGUCAUCAUGUUCAGAAAGAAGACCGGAAAGACCACCGUGGCCAUCAGUGAAAAAAGACCACCUGAAACUGAUUUGGCGACCCUGAUUGACAAGUUGCAGAAGAAUGCAGACAAGGUGGAGAAGAACAUCAUUGAGACGGAACAGAAUCUCAACAGGGAUAUCAGGAAGAUCAAUGAGAGCAAGCAGCCCCUGUACCAGGAGGACACCAACAAGAGGAUCCUGAACUCACUGGAGCUGCUGAAUAGUCUGGAUGAAGACGCAGCCCAAGCCUCUCGUUUGAAUCACCCUCAAGCUGAGAUGAUUGAGAAGGAUAUGAGACAGCUGCGAGUGCGUGUGAUGAAGCUCCGUGAGGAACAUGAUCGCAUUUACCACAUCACACGAUCAGAGCAGGUUCCCACCGUCAACUGGGGGAAGAUAGUUGAUGAGAAACUGGCAAAUGUGAACAACAAAGGAUACGGACAAGAUCUGCUGACCGUCGAGAAUGAAGUAGAGGAGCACAAUAUUUUCCACAGCGAAGUCGAGGCACUGGCUCCGUACAUCACUGGAGACCGGGAUGGUCCGGAUGGCCAGCAGGCGAAGUACAGCAAACUACUGGCGAGCUCCUCGGCACGUCAGAAGAACCUGCUCAGCCUGAGGGACUACAUGCAGCGAUGCACCAACGAGCUCUACUGGAUGGAACAGCAAGCUGAAGAGAGAACCGCAUAUGACUGGAGCGACAACAACCUGGACUACCCUGCCCGCAAGAGGCAGUACGAGAACUUCAUUAGCAAGUGUCUGGAGGCUAAGGAGAAAAGCAUCACCCAGCUGAAUGAAGAUGGAGAGGAACUUAUUGAGCAGAACCAUCCAGGAAAAAAUGUCAUUGGGGCACACAUGGAUGCCGUACAUGCGGAUUGGAAGGAAUACCUCAACCUGCUCAUCUGUGAAGAGAACCACCUCAAGAACAUGGAUGAUUAUCACAAAUUCCACAAGGAUGCAAGAGACACCAGCGAUUUGUUGAAGCGCCUGGAAACCGAGAUCAACCAGAAGUAUAACCCUGAGUUUAAAGACAUGUACCAGAUGGAGGGCCUGAUUGCUGACCUGAAUGAUCAGGCAAAGGCCAUGGACCAUUACGACGAGCGGCUGAAAGCUCUUCAGCAGCGUAGCCUGCAGGUGCUCCCUCUGAAGUACCGCAGGGAGACUCCUCAGAAACUGCUCCCUAUUGAGGCUCUGUGUGAAUACGAGACUAAUGAGGGUUCAAUUAUGCGAGGGGAGCGGUACACCCUGCUCAGGAACAAUGGGUCAAAAUGGGACGUGAAGGACGCAAAUGGUCGCACCAUGAGUGUUCCAGCAGUGUGCUUCGUAAUCCCACCGACUGACCCUGAGGCUGUGGCCGUUGCGGAUAAUCUAAUAAACCAGCACAAAGGUAUCAAACAGAAAGUAGCCAGCAGCAAAUCUGCACUGCAGGCACGACUGGCAGAGCUGAAGAAGGAGAGUACAGGAGGUCAAGAUAAACAAGAGCAGCAAUGCCGUCAACUGAUGGCAGGACUGGAUAAAGUGGUCAGUGAUCUGGAUAAGCAGGAGAAGGCCAUUUACUCCCGUGUGCGCCCCCCACUGGAGCAGACACGUCCUGUGCAAGACAGCGCUGACAGGCUACAGGACAUAAAGGACAUUGCUGCUGCUGUUCGUAAGAUAGAGCCAGAAAAGUCUGCGAAAGUACAGGAAGCUGAGAGUUUCCUCAGAUCCUCUCCCAAAUGUGCAAGUGCACCACAGCUCUACUCCAAGGUGGAUGAGGCUAACAAAAAAUACAAUAAAGUUGAUUUGCUCUUGAAAUGUUCUGAUGACAAACUGCAGAACUCCUAUCGGCUGGAGAAUUCUCUGCAGAAUGGCAAAGCUCUGCUUUCCUCUUAUGAAAACAAACUGGCAAGAGAGGAGGUCGCCCCAUCUGACCUCACCUCACUGGAGAAGACCCAACGUGAGUUGGCGGAUAUUGCAUCGGAGCUGAGGAGCAAAAGAUCUACUAUAAUAGAGAAUGAGCAGAACCUGCGAGAUGCCAAGGCCAGCUGCAGCAACAUGGCCAACAAAGUGCAAGAACAUUGCCCUGAUAUCGAGAGGCAAGAGGCUGAUGUUCAGAAACUCACCAAGCGCUUUGACAACCUGAACAGACAGGUUGAAGCAAGAUCACAAUGUCUGCAAAGAGCCAAAACCGCUUAUGCCAACUACAACAAUGACUAUGACAACCUUAAUAGCUGGCUUUCUCGACUACCAAACUAUGAGCCACGGGAAACUGAUGACAUCAGACAGAUUGAUGACAAACUGAGAAAUCAAAGAAAUCUGCUCUCUGACAUCACGAGAAAGGAAUCAGACCUGAACAAUGUUUCUAGAAAUGCACAGCUUUAUCAGCAAGCAGUCAAGGACUAUGAAAAUGAAGCGGAACGGUUUAAAUCCAUCCUUGACCUUGAAGAUGGCUUGGUUCCUCAGACAUACAAAAGGAGCAGACUUGAAUCUCCUGCCUGGAAAGUGAAGAGAGAGGAAUCUGCAAUUGAGUCCAGAUUCACUGAAGCGAAUGCUGUGAACAAGCAGAGGCUGCAGAACCUAGAGUUUGCUCAAAGCCUUCUUAACCAGCAACCGGAAGUUACAGUAAUCCAGCAAAAUGUCCAGACGGUGAGAUCCUCAGCCCCAGGAGAAGAGCCCUGGAGAAUCAGAAAACAGCUUCAGGAAGAGAUUCAGCGGAGAGACCAACUGGAAAGAGAAAUUCAGAGUGUCCAGAGUGACAUCUAUUUACUAGAGGGCCAGAAACCACAGGACACAAUCGUCAAAAAAGAGCUCAUCAAGCAGGUGCAUGACCCUCAACUUGAUGAAGAAUAUCACCGGGUUCAGCAGAAGCUCUUAGAAGAAAGCAGGACCACUCGUGUCUUAGAGAGCGAGCUGGACACCCUCCGUGUAAAGCUGCGUGGGAUUGAGACGGAAAUGAAAGAGGGAGCUCAGCAGUAUACAGUCAAAGAGGUGCUCCGCAUUGAGAGGGACAGGGGACAGGAGGAAGAACUCAGGAGACUGAGAGAAGAGCUAGAAGAAGUCAAAAGGUUGAAGAUGGUCAGAGAGAACGAAAUCAUCCAGAUUCAAAAGCAAGUGACUGUUCUUGCAGAGGAGAAAAGCAGGGAGCAGGAAAUCAUCAGGGAGGAGGAAGUCAUUAAGGUUCAGAAUGACCCCCAGCUUGAGAGCGAGUACAGACUAUUGCUUGACAGGAAACAAAAAGAAAUCAACAGCCGAAAGGAACUCGAAGACGAGCUUCGAUUCCUGCAGGAGAAACUAAGGCGUCUUGAAAAGGAAAAGGCAAUGGCUGAGGAAAAGAUCUCCAUCAAAGAGGUACUGAAAGUUGAGAAAGAUAUUGCUUUGGAGAGAGAGGUAGAGAACCUGAGGAGACAAUACGAAGAUGAAAAACUGAAGCGCAGCUCUUUGCUGAGAGAGAAAACGGAUAUUCAUCGCAAGAUUACCAGCCUGGAGGAAGAGAAGUCGAGGGUCAUCAUUCAGGAGAAAGUGCGUGAGAUUGUUCGACCUGACCCGAAGGCGGAAGCGGAGGUGGCAAAUCUUCGACUUGACCUGGUGGAGCAGCAGAGAAGAUGCAGAGAUUCAGAGCUCCAGCUGAAGACCUUACAGGAUGAACUGAUAGUGCUAAGAAACAGAGGCCCACAAAUUGAAUACAAGGAGAUCAUCAAAGAGGUCAUCAAAUACAAGAUUGACCCGGAAACUGAAAGAGAACUGGAGAAACUCAGGAAUGAAAUUGUGGACAAAACCCACCAAACAGAGAAGUUUGAGAUGGAGAUCCUCCAACUCAAAGAUGAGAUUCAACGAUGGAAAGACACCCAGCCUCAGAUUCAUACCAAAGAGGUUGUGAAUGAGAUCCUGCAAUACAGAGAAGAUCCUAAAACCAAGGAGGAGAUUGAGAGUCUCAAGCGGAAACUGGCUGAGGAACAGAGGAAACGUCUGGACCUGGAAAACGAAAGGGCCUCCAAUGAAGAACGGAUCAGGAUCAAGAAGAUCGACCUGUCUCAGGUGAGGGAGAAGAUUGUCCAGCAAGAAGUAGUGAAGAUGGAGCAGGAUCCACUCUUGAGGUCUGAAUGUGACACCUUCACUCAAAACAUCAACAAUGAGCAGAAACAGAGAGAGAUCUUGAAAGAAGAGCUGAUCAGGUUGCAGCAUCAAAGGGCUGAAUUGGACAUUCAGCUUGAGGAGCUGGAACGUGAACGCAGAGCCCGCAGAGAAGCUGAGCUUGAAAUCCAGAGGCUGAGAGUGCGGCUCAAUGAACUGGAGAUCAGGGACAAGGAAAACCGAGAAAAGGUUACAGUAAAGCAAAAGGUCGUUCUCCAGCAGGACCCUCAACAAGAAAAAGAGCACUCCAUCCUACGUCUUCAGGUUGAAGAGGAGAGGCACAAGCGUAUGCUCUUGGAGAAGGAGUACAAUCUUUUGUUGCAAAAGCAGGAAAUACUUGAGAGAACGGAAGUGCGUGAAAAAGUUGUGCGAACCGAAAAAGUUCAAGUCGAACGAGACCCAGAGGCCGAGAUGGACAUUAUAAGGCUAAAGAAAAGCCUUGAAGAAGAGGAAAAGCGACGUCGCGAGCUGGACCAAGAGAUUAUCAACCUAAACUCCAAGCUUUCGGAGGUGGAGUUCACCAAUACAAAAUCAUCCAAAGAACUCAACUACAUUCGCGACGAAAGCAACCGGUUACAGCAGGAGAACCAGCGCCUACAGAACGAAAUAAGGAAGCUUCAAUCCGAGAUCGAGAUCACGACAAAAGAAACCAGACACAUCACUGAGACUUCUCCGGUGGAAAGCAGCAGGAACCUGGAAAUUCGAUUGGAAUCCUUGCAAAGAGAACUCUCUGACCUCAAGCGCAUUCGAAUCGAGAAAGACGCAGAAAUCGAAAAGCUUCAGAAGAGUCUGUCUGCGAUGAGAGUGAAGAGGGAGCAGCGAGAAAGCCACCUCCGCCGCUCGAUUGUCGUCAUCGAUCCGGACACAGGGAAGGAGAUGAGGCCUGAGGAGGCUUACAAGCUCGGCCUAAUCGACUGGAAAAUGUUCGUCAACCUUCAGAGUCAAGAAUGCGACUGGGAGGAGAUCACAGUCAAGGGUCCGAAUGGCGAGUCCUCCGUCCUUCAUGACAGAAAAUCAGGCAAGAAGUUUGCCAUCGAAGACGCUCUGAGGGCUGGAAACAUCACAAACCGUCAGCUGCAACAAUAUCAGAACAAAGAGAUCAGCAUCCAGGAGUUCGGUCUCAUGCUGUCAGGCAGAGUCAAAUAAAUCCAUUAAUCAGAAAAACAACAUUAAAUAGAGCUUACGUAAACGUGCUGUUUGUGUUCCCAAAUUGCAGCUGAAAUCUCUUUUUAGAUUCACUUUCUCAAUACAGUAUGUAUUUGUUUUUAAAUGCAUUCUUAUAUCAAUGCAAGAUGGGGUUGCUUUGGUUAUGGUGCUGAAUUUGGGUUAAUGUUUCUAUCACUAUAAGUAUGAAUCUUCGCGGAAGAUCAGCAGACGAAAUCUAGUUCAGUUUUAUUGUAAUCUGAUCUAAUAUAUGCAUAUAAAAUGUGUGCCUUAAUGAUAAAGUUAUGGCCCUAUCUGUCCCUCUUUAUGCACUUUUUACUUGUGUCAGAUUAUUCUACUCUCAUGUUUGAUUUGAGAAAAAAAAAAUGAAAUGAGGAUAAAUCGGAGAACUGUGCUCUUUCCCUUUGUCUUUAUCAUGAAGUAAUAAAAGCUCAAGCUGUCUUUGCACAAAA